CAUAUGCGCUAUAGCUGCAGCGCAGAGGGUUGAGGAAGCAUUCUGUCAUCCAAAAAGCACUUCUGUCGCCUCUUCGGCCAUGGACAAGCUGAGGUCAGAGCAGGAGAAACUGAGUAUGUGGCUUUCCAGUGACCCUGAUUACAUCCUCGAACAGUGUGGGGAUAUUUUAUCUAUAAACGAGUGGAAAGAGGUGCAAAAGCAAACAGCUGCUUUACAGAAGACAAAUAAACUUUUGAACAUAAUCAUUCACAAAGGAGGAGAUACCUGCCAAAGCUUCCUCGAGAUUCUGAGGGAGAAUGAAGGACGCUACCAAGAUCUGCAUCAGUUUUUUCACCCCACCACUCAAGGCUCAACCCCUCCAACAGUGUUUGCUGAUAACAGCAGUGCGGUGACGGCCAGAGAAAUCAAAAACCUAACUGCAAAAGAUCUUACCACGACGAUUGAAAUAGAAAGCAAACCAGGAGGAAAUCCACCAAGGAAGGCUGCUCUCCAAGUUACUUACACUGCAAACAAUGGCAGUUUAAUAUGUGCUGAUAGAAUAACUGAUGUCAGCAUAGACGGGAGUGUAAACUAUUCAGUCUCUAUCAGACCACGCCAGCCAAAUCCAGUUACAGCAAGACAUUCAGGACCUUCUCCUCAGAUAAGUAACCACAAGGACCCUGCAGUAAAAUGGAUAACUGAUCACAAGGUUAAGCUGAUCUCCUGCCUGAAGGCCGAUCUCUUCAUUCUGCAGUAUGUGCAUGAAAAGGAAAUCGUCACUGACAGCCAAUAUGACAAUCUGAAGCAUUCCUCUCCACCAGAAACAACUGUAAUCAACCUUAUUGAUCAGGUGAUUAUAAAAGGUCAAGAAACCUGUGAGAAGUUUCUUGUGGUUCUCAAAGAACCUGACGUUCUGAAUACGUAUCCACAGCUGAAAAAUAUUCUGAACCUUGAUGCUUAGCAGUUGUAGAGAUCAUGCUUAAGCUUUUAUGUGUGGUGUACUUACAUUAUGACUAGAAGAACUGAGACUUGUAUACAUUUUGUAUAAAAAUGUUUUUAUGAUAAAAAUAAAACUUGA